CCCUAGCGAUCUUUUCAGAACAUUUUCCUACAGUGAAGGCAUUUGCGAGUCUUUGAUUAAUAAUUCCUCAUCUCCCAAACCUUUAACUCCUCUCUCGGGGAAUUCUCCUCCAUCCUUAAGAACUAAUUUAUUGAAUGCCUAUAAGACUUCUGUCGAAAACCACAAUAAUUGCACCCCCGCUUUGGUCGAAUCACCUUCUAAAAUUCAAAAGUUCUUGCAGUACUCAGACGAAGUGGAGAAUUACGAUCCAAAUUUCAUUCGCAAGGAGAUUCAAAAGAAUGCGGAGACUGGUUCUCAGCCUAAAAUCUUUCAACUAAAUAAGACUUCUAAUCAAAAUGUAGUGGAGGCCCUAAAAUACUUUUUUAGCAUGCUUUUCAUUCCAACUGUGUUUAGAGAAUUUAAUUUAAAGGAGCUGCAUGGAAAUAAUCCGAGUAGAUGCAGUAUGGAAGACAUUUUAAAAACAGCUUCUGUUAAAAUAAAGAAACCUUUUUCCUUCAAAAACCGUAAUUUUUUAAAGAGUGUACCAGAAAAACAAUUUUUAGUGCUUGAUGAAAGAUCUAGCUCGAAAGCGAAGCCAAACAUGUUUCGUGUCAAUAUAAGUGAAUUAGAAAGUGGCCCUUUGGGUCAUACAAGCGUUAACUUUCAAAACUUUAGACAGAAAAUUUUUAAUGAAGAAUACAAUAAUGCAUUAAAAGAACAAAGCUCCUCCCAAUUCCCCUAUGCGCAGGAAAGUUCAAGUUGCUGCGGCCUUGGCAUCCCCAUUUACAACUCGCAUCUUGGCAUGAUUCCAACUGCAGUGCCCACAUUAUACAAAGAUAACCAGUAUGCAUUACAAAAGAGCCAUAUAAAUUUGGUUUGCGACCCAUCGGGUGUCGGCCUUAUAGAUUUUGGCCUUGAUAACCUUACGGAACUUAUGAAAGAUGAGCCUCCAAACACAACCUUAUCGAAUAUACUUGAAUUUAAAGGUAAUGAACCGGAGGGGUCAGAGGGUAAUCGAUACCCAGAAGAUAAAAGUUUACAAAUCUUUUGCGAUAAAAACAUUAGCUACGAGUUUCCUUACAAAGAAAACAAUAGUCAAAACAACUUUGAGUCUCUGAACGUUUCACCAUCUAACCUAAUAAAUAAAUCCUGGGAAAUAAACAACUUAUUAUUAAAAGGGAUGGAAAAAGAAAAAAAGAAAAGUUUUACUCCAAAGUCUUUGCGAAAUAGUGCUUGCUUGACUCAAAGUCUUGAGAGUCACGAUCUUGAAUUCACCUUUAACAAAAAAAAAUUACCCCCGGAUAAUAAAAAAUUAGACACCACUUCUGUCGUCCUUACAGGGAUUCACGGAAAUGCAGAAGUUAUUAACAAAAAAACUUUACUAUCGGACUGUGACGUAAAAAUUGUUCAUGAGAAAAAUAAAGAUUUGGACACUGCUUCCCUCAACUUAAUUGAGAUGGACAAUAAAGAUUACUCUGAAAUUGCUACCCCAACCAACUCUACUUUGGACACUCAAAAAGGUAAUAUAAAUACAAAAAAACUGAAGAAAAAAGUUGUUCUUCCAGUAAAAAAUAAGUUAAGUAUAAUUACGAGAGGCGUUAAGCGGCGAGCCCAAAUGCAACUACGUUCUCGGUUAAAGAGUAAAGUGAAGAAUAAUUUCCAGCACCAAAAUUUCAGUAAAGAAGCAAUGAGAACUUGUCGAUUACACUGCGUAUUAGUUAAUUCGAGAUCCAAAGCGGGUAGCAGUAAAAUGUUAAAUUCAAGAAAAAAUAUAGCAGAUGAGCCCUUAAGUAACUUAUUAACCAAAACAAAAGAAAAAAGAUGGCAACUAAGAAAAAAUACGAAAGACAAGUACAGUUUUGUAAAGGGAAAUAAUAAACAGCCAAAUAGAAGCAAAUUGAAAAAGUCUACAACUGGUCAGCGGCGUUUGGUAAAAAAAAAUUUAAGAAAACAGAGAGCAAACAAAACUUUUAACAAGCGUUUCGAGGUCAAGCCAUAAAAGUCUUGUUUCAUAAAAAGUGAAACUUCAAAAUUCUUG